AUGACAGGAGGCGCAAUCAACAGGCUCACCCUCUUCAAGAUCCCUCAAGAUGAGGAUCAGGAGAAGCUGCUAUCAAUCUACCGCGAAAUGCCUAGCCGGGCGGUCAAGGACGGCAAGCCCUACAUCCGGUCAGUGACCGCAGGCAAGGCCAAGAACGACCAGCGGGCACAGGGUUACACGGUCGCCGUCGUAUCCGUGUUCGAGUCGGAGGCGGACAUGGUCUACUACGACAACGAGUGUGCGGCACACCAGAACCUGAAAGCAUUCGCCAAGACGGUCCACCAUGGUGCCAUGAUGGUCUUUUUUGAGAACGAGAUUUAG